CGGAACCGGAAGUGGGGCCUGCUGCUGAGCUGGAGGGGGCGGGACAGACGGUGGCCGGGAAGGGGUUCGCGGGCAGCGGUCAGGAUGCCCAUUUAUGAGGCAGGAGAGUUAUGAGCUCGAAAGGCAAGAAGCGGGUGGUUCUGCCGACCCGGCCUGAACCACCCAGCGUGGAACAGAUCCUUGAGGAUGUCAGGAGCACCCAGCCAUCCGAUCCCAUGUUUGUCCUUAUAGCAGAGUCCAAUAAAGACUUGCCAGCCCCUAGGAAGGAGGAGGAGUCUGAAGUGAAGAGCGAGCACCUGUACCAACAGAGUCAUUCUUACGUAGAGAUGAACCACCGGCUGCAGAAGGCCUGCAGUCUGCUGAAGGAGAAGUGCGAAGAGCUGAAGAAGAUGGGCGCGACUUUGGAACAGAAUAUCGUGGAAAUUAAGGAAAAGGCCUUGUGAGGUUGUCUGGCCUCUCUGGAAUGCCGAGACAUUGGGAGCAGAGACAAAAAGCUGGCCCAGAAGGGUUUGCGCUCGACAGUAAAAAGCCCCACCUCCUAGUCCUGACGCACUUCUCAAUGUGCUUUCAACUUUCACAGACGUCCCCAGAGUGGCUUCUUGUUUCUAUAUCCAAACCAUAGGGCCAGAAAGCCACCCAGCCAGGUAACCCCGGUGUGCACUUUGAUUUAAUGGAAGAUCUGGCACUGCUGCAUCUUGCCUGGAAUCUCCAAGAACCCACCAAGCCUCAUGAAUGCAGGUUCACAAGAGUAGCCCCUCAUGCUCAUUGGAAAUGCUAGGGGGUAUGUGAGGGGGGGGUUCAUCUUUAAAGCUAAAAAUGCUACAGGAUUUGCCUCCGUAACCCCUUCCCAAUGAACAACCCUGAUCUCAUUGCUCAUGUUCGGAAGGGACUCUUGGACCAGGUGUUUCACUGAGCCAUUAGGAGAACCUGAUGCCAAUUUCCAAAUGGCAAGCUUAAACCUGACCUGGCUGGGGUAAGCGUGGGCUCCAGGCAGCUGCUGGCUUUUCGUAAGCUGCGUGUCACCGUCUCAGGUGCCCAUGGUGACUGUUGGCAUGACGUCCCCCUCGCCCUCCAGGUUUACCUACGACUUCUCCAUCUGGUACUGCCUUCGUGACGACAAUAUUGCUUCCUGCAUCUCCAUGUUGCUGAAAAAGCAAGGCCUCCAGGGUUAUGAUGAGCACCAGGACCAAGUGGCAGGGACGUCCAUCCUCAUGACGGCCGCCGAGGUCAUCCAAGCUAGCAGGGUCGCUAUCGUCAUCUUGUCGGCCAGCUCGCUGGACGACCCCUGGUGUCAGCGCGUCGUGGAGUGGAACCUGCAUCAUGUGAUAGAGCAGGAGGGGACAAAGAUGAUCCCGGUUUACGUGGACGUGGAAAAAGAGCAGGUGCCUCUGGUUUUAAGGCAUCUUAACGAACUCGACUACAGAAACAAAUUCUUCGAGCGGAGGCUGCUGGAGAGCUUGAAAAGCAUCAUACCUCCAGCUGGCCGAGUGAGGGCUGGGCGCCCCUCCAAAGCGACCGUUGCCAAAAGCAGAGCCAGCCGAUAGCACUGGGACUUAGCAGCAGCAGCACUGCUGCUGCAUGGAGAAACUGAGCCCCGGGGACUUUGGCUUUGGUUGAUUCCUGCCAGGAGUGAUGCAGCAUGUCUUGCCUUGUUCAUUUGGCAUCCGGGGUUUGCUGUGGGCCCCGUUGCAGUGUUGGCAGUGAACUAAUCUGCUUGGCUUUGCACCUAGACUCGACGGUGAGAAGACUUAGAAAAUAAAGUUGUUGCUGGUGGGAGUUUGCUAUUAAAAUGCACUGGGAAUCUAUAUGGAAUGUGAUCCAAGGCUGCUCAUAAAUUCCAUUAUUUAAUAAGCUCUUAUUAAAAUCCAGUCCUCAGAAAACUGAA